AGCUUUUAAUAUUUAAUAACAGCGGUGUGAGACAAAAGUUAUUAUUAAAACCAUAAAAGAGCUAAUUAACCUGAAGUGCACUUCUGAAUAUUUUUGUGUGAAUUUAAUUUAAGUGAGUUAAUUUAGUGAUUUUGAAAGAAGAAAUACCUACUGGUGAAAUAAAAAUAAGAAUAACACUGAAAUUAAAGUGAAUUGAAUUGAUAAUCAGUUCAAAGGUCGUGAAACUUUCCGAGAUUCCCACUUCAAAGAAAUAAUAUUAAACAUUUCCACCAUGACAUCAAUACUAUUCCUGAUAACACCAAUCACAAUUAAUUUUAUAGCUGCUGCAGGUAAUGCGAUUGUUCCGGAUUGUGUCACACCGGUGAAUAGCCUAGGCAAAUGCAUAAAUGUAAUGUUUUGUACAUCAGUGAUGACUGCUCUUAUCAAUAAUGACCAUUUAACUAAUUCGGACGUAGCCCAAUAUUUACGUUCGAGUCAAUGUGGAAUCAUGCGAGAUUCACAUAAAGUUUGUUGCAGUCUAAACGACAUUGAUUAUGGUUAUGAAAACUCAGCAUCCAUACAUGAACCAACAACUACAAAAUUAGCAAUCGAUCUACAACCCCCCCGGAUAUCACCACCCGCUAGCACACUAUUAUCAAACUUUGAGACAUGUGGGAAACUACGACAUUAUGAAACGCCUCACAAAUGGAUUGGCGAAUUAUGGUUUAGAGUAGAGUCGUCAGGGAAAAUAAAACUCGAGUUACAAUGCCUUGGCACUUUAAUUACAGACAAACAUCUCGUGGUUCCAGCACAUUGUGUCGCCUCACUACCUGAAAACAUUACCCUAGACUUUGUUGAGAUUCAAGGAAAAGAAUAUUCUAUCUCAAAAAUUUUUGUGCAUGCUGGUUACAAUCAACCGAAGUAUGCUAACGACAUUGCAAUAUUAAAGCUUGAGAUAGAUGAUGAUGUUGAGAUUAAUGAUCCAGUUUGCUUACCAUUAAUGCAGUCAAAUGAUGAAGAUUCAAAAUCAACAUUAGCAAUUGUGAAACAUGCAAAUGGAGUAAUGAAAUUUGGAAAAGCAAAGUCAAUUUCAAACAAUGAAUGCAGUUCAAUGUUCUCGAAUCAACAAUUUUCAAGUUUAACUUCGGGUCAAUUUUGUGCCAACAUUCAAAUUAAUAAUACAGAUUUUUCUGAGUUUCUCGGAGCUGUAAUGCUUGAAUCAGGCCGAAAGCGACAAUAUGUCUAUAAAGGAUUCACAUCAACAACAACAAGAAAUGGAAAGUUCUUCGAUAAAAAUAAACCUUACAUAUUCACUAACAUUGAGCAUCAUUUAAGUUGGAUUAAAGCUGCACUUCAAAGCGAUAAUGAAGGUUUAAAAAAUAAUACUCAAUAUAACGAUAGAAGAAGUAUGAAACCAUGCCAAUCACCUGGCAAUAUUCAAAGUUAUUGUGUAAAACUUCACCAGUGUUCCAUAUAUAGAGACGCUCCCAAACCAAUUUCUCGUAAACGUGAACUGUUUUUACAACAAAUUAAAUGUUUCACAUCGUCUGACACAAAUCGAAACAAUGUUGAUGAAGAUGGGGUUUGCUGUUCAGCACAAUACAUUGAACUUUCGGAUGAUGAAAAAUACAAUGUUGAUCAGAGAUUUGAAAAGAAAGGUAACGCGCAGCUUGAUAUGGAUAAAUGCGGACAAGUUGAUUCGUCACGUAGAAUUGUUGGUGGCACAAGAGCUGACUUGAAAGAGUUCCCCUGGAUUGGUUUAAUCAAGUACAAAGUUGGUCGGAUCUUUAAGCUAACAUGCGGGUCUUCUUUGAUAUCUGAAAAAUAUGUUCUAACGUGUGCACAUUGCAUAACAAAUCUUCCAAGUGGUUAUGAGAUUGCUGCCGUUAGAUUGGGUGAACACGAUUUAACAACUGAUCCGGAUUGUAAACUUAUUGAUGAUAACCGAGAAGAAUGUAAUCCACCUUUUCAAGAUAUUGAAAUUGAAAAGUUAAUUCCCCAUUUUCAAUAUAAUACUCCACGAUAUGCAAACGAUAUUGGACUUGUAAAAUUAGCUCAAUCACCUGAUAUGUCGCAAGGAAUCGUUCCAAUUUGCCUUCCGAUAAACAAUGAGAUGCAACAAACGAUUUCCAAUCGAUUUACUGUAGCUGGAUUUGGCUUCACCGAAAAUGGUCGUGAAUCGAAUGUUCUUUUAAAGGUUUUGCUUCCCAAGGUGUCAAAAGAAAAAUGUCAAGAGAUGCACAGCUCUAUUAUUCAACUCUCAGAAGGACAUCAGUGUUAUGGGGGCGAAAGUAUUAGAGACAGCUGUAAAGGAGACUCCGGUAAUCCGCUUAUGAAUUAUGUAAAUUUUAAAGGAAGGAUAAAGGCCGUGCAAUUAGGCAUUGUUGCUGCGGGACAUAGCGAUUGUGGUCAAGACGCAAGUGGCUUUCCAGGCAUAUAUACUGACGUUUUAAAAUACAUGGAUUGGAUCUUAGACAAUAUUGGUUGAUCUUUUAUUCGUUUUAACUUAUUGUUAUAAUACAAUAUAUCUAUGUAAACAAAAAAAAGUAAAAGCUAAUUUUAUCGCGAAACAAGUUGUUAUCUUUUAAUUUUGUACAUAGCUACUCUCAUUGAAAAUCUCUCAUAAAGAAUCUAUGACG